GAAGAGGAAAAAAGGAAGGCAAAGGAAGAAGAGGAAAAGAGAGAGUAUGAAGAGUACCUGAAGCUGAAGGAGAAUUUUAUAGUUGAAAAGGAAGGGGUUGAGGAAUCAAUGACGGAGGAAGAGUCUCGCAGCUUUCUAAUGGAAUUUCUCGAAUACAUUAAGAAAACAAAGGUAAUCCAGCUGGAGGACUUGGCUUCACAUGUGGGUUUAAGAACACAGGAUGCAAUUAACAGAAUCCAGGACCUGAUGGCUGAUGGCACUCUAACAGGUGUGAUUGAUGACAGAGGAAAGUUCAUCUACAUCACUCCAGAGGAGAUGGCUGCUGUGGCUCAGUACAUCAAACAGAGAGGACGAGUCUCCAUAGCAGAGCUGGCCCAAGCAAGCAAUUCCCUGAUCAACCUCCAGCCUGACAGCCGAGCUGUUGCUCCAACUGUGGCAUGAGAAAAAUACAGCAGGAGUUUAACCUUUUAAUGAAUAAGCCACAUAAUUAAAAACAAACAAGAACCCCUCUAGUCCAUUCUUGGUGCUUGAACAUAAGAUGCUCUUCUUCAGCAUCAGCUG